CACGGAUGACAAACACAAAAAACGUAAACAAAAGCUGUCGAGUCGUGUUUUUGCCUGUUUUGAAGAUAUUUUGAUUGAAUUUUAGUAAAAAUUUAAAGAAAAUCAUGAGUGACCAAGAAGAGGAUCCCGAUUUGAAGAAUUUGGUCUUCAGUAAACUCGAAAAAACUGCCUUUUUACGCAAUAUUCGGGCGCAACUUCGUGCUCAAAUCUACAAUUUAGUGGAAUCGUCCAACGAUGAGAUCCGCGAAAGCAAACAGACGCCCCUGAAUAAUUUGUUGCGCACCGAAAACGGAAGACUUGCGCUCGGAUUGGUGCAAGAUUUGCUCGAAACGUUAGAGUUGCGGUACACAAGCAACAUUUUCAAGUCGGAAAGUGCCUACGAUCCGAGUCAAUGUUCCACUGCCGAACUGCGAAAUGCCCUAGACUUGCCUUUAGACACGGAUGCCUACAAAAAUUUGCCGAUUUUGCUGCAGCUGCUCGACAAAAUCAAUCCGGAUGGCGAGAAAAGUGUCUCUGUGGAUACGACAAACAAGAGUAUCAGCGAGAAUAUUAGCAGUAAUUCGUUAUAGCAUUCCGCGACGACCCAAUUUUGAGGGGUUUUCAGUAUUUUUCUUUAAUUUUAACUACUUUUUAUUUCAUUUUUCGUGUGUUUUCGGUGUGAAUGCGAUUUUUUUCUAUAUAAUUUGUAAUUUUUAACAAUAAAAAACGAAUAAAUGCCGUCCAAUGGGUCGAAAUU